UUUUUAGGUUGGCAUGGUCUCACUCCACUCCAUAAAGCAUGCCUGAGAACAGAGCCAUACAUGAUCAGUCUCUUGCUGCAGACUGGAGCAGACCCCAAUGCCAAGUCAGACUUUGAUGAAACUCCACUGCACUAUGCUUGCAAACAGGGCAUCCCCAACAUUAUCUACCUAUUGUUGCAGUAUGGGGCAGACCUGAUUGCUGUGGAUAAGUUAGGCAGGGGGGCCAUGCACCAUGCCGCUGUCAAUGGAAAUGUCCUAGCUAUGCACUACCUGCAUGAAGUUCAUGGUCUUGCCUAUGAUGUUCAGGACAAUGAAUUAAAAUCUCCACUGCAUAUAGUGAGCUCCCACGCACAUUUGGAUGCAGUAAAGUACCUUUUGAAAUCUAAUAGAUGUAACCCCCAUUUGACAGAUGUGUAUGGGAACAAUUCUCUUCACUUUGCCUGCAAACAUGGCCAUGCCCAGAUAGCAUGGCAGUUACUGGUGGCAGGAGGCUGUAGGUUGCUGCAUUCCAAAAAUAAAGAUGGGCAUACUCCAAUUGAAGUAGCAAGAGCUCAGAAAACAUCCAAGUCAACAGAGUGUUCUCGCCUGUUAUCUUAUUACAUGUACAUAAAGGAUGAGGACUACAGACCAGCAGGACCCACUGUGCCCUGGCUGUGGCACCUGACCAUGCCAGCUGUGCUGUAUAUUGUGGCCCUGGUGCUAGCUUAUCUAUUACAGGACCACACCGGAAGUCAAGGGCUGAUAGUGUUUGGGGAAUUGGCUUUAUUUAUUUUUCUGUCCACUAAACAUCAGCAUAGAAUGCUACAUGUGUGUAGAUGGCCAAAUCCUUUGUUUGCAGGCGGUUUUGCAGCUGGUUUAUUCAUCACAUUGGCUUGCUACUACCUCCAAAUGUUUAGUUAUGUCUCUCAUCAUCAUUACUUGAACCUUCUGUCAAUAUCUCUCACUGUUGUCAUGCUGUAUAUGUACUGGAGACUUUGGACUCGUGAUCCUGGUGUUGUCCGCGUCUCUGCCUUGAAGCCCAAUAAUGGUGGAUAUUACAGUGUGAGAGAUGUAGCUACAGGACAGGUGUCCCCUGAAAUGUUUUGUACAACAUGUGAGAUUGUUAGACCGUUGAGGAGCAAGCAUUGUAAGCUUUGUGAGCAGUGUAUCCAGGGCAUGGAUCACCACUGCCUGUUCUUACUGCGCUGUGUGGCCAAGUACACCCACAGACUCUUCAUUCUCUUCAUCAUAACUGUGCUGUGCAGUCAGGUCCUGUUCCUGGUCCAGGUCUAUCUCUACUACCAAGCUGUGUUACCCAGUGUAACAAGCAAUGACUGGUUCAUAUAUGUUAAAUCUGCCUUCAAUCAACAUGCGUGGGUGCUUAGCUUAUCUGUCUUGAACUUAGGAUCUAUACUUUGGGGACUGAAAUUGCUCAAAUUUCAACUUAGUUUAGUCUCCAAAGGAUACACUACAGUUUUCCAGCCUCAUUUUCAAAAAGGAUGUGGACUGUCAAAGUUAGAAAUGGUAUUGAAUGUGAUAUAUUUCAUAGCUGGAAAAGGUUUAUAUCUGAAAGAUCCACUUUUUGAUGUUUGACUAUAUUUAAUGAGAAUUUGUUCAUUAGAGUUACAUCUGUAAAGGUUAAAAGUUCUAUUUUAAGUUACUUUUAGCAUAAUGUUAUGUACUUAGAUAGGCUUGCAUUCCUAGUAUUGUCUUCCAAGAUGAAUACUUAUUUGAGGAAAUGUCAGUGAUUGGUCACCUUUUUGCUAAGCAUUCAUUACAGAUACGCCAACUUGAGAAAAUUAUUUGAGCAAUAUUACUUAAAUGGUGCUUUUUGUGUAAUAUAAACAGAUAAUGGGCAACCACAGGAAAGUUUUGUGAAAUGUUGCUUUUAUGUCAUUUGAAAAGUGGUGUUUCGUUAGGAAUUCAGUACCAAUACUGGAAAACUCCAUGCUUCUACCAUCCACAAAUUUUUCCUAAAGGAUAUUUAUUAUUACCUAUGUGCUUGAAAAAUGGUGCCCCCCCCCCCCUUUUUUUUACAGUAAACAUUUUCAUAUGGGAGACAUAUUGGUCAGUUUAUAUGUUGUUAUUCUAAUGUGGCUGAGUCACAUUUAGUGUUCCAUUUAUCAGAUACAACCAAUGAUAUAUAAUUUUUAUUUUAUAAUAUUUAUAUAUGUUUUGAUUAAUUUUUGUUAAAUGUGGUUUUAAUACUGUCAUUUAGUUCUGUGUUUAUACAUAAAGAUUCUAACAAUUACAGUAUUGAACCUACCUUUUACUACUUUAGUGCAGGUGUGUUCAAACAAGACAGUAAUUGGUCCUAUGGCUGUUGAUUUGCAUGAACCUUUCUGCUGACUUGAUGGCAACAAAAUAAUAUGUAUUCUUGUUACGCAAUGCUCUCUAUAACAUAGAAAUA